AAAAUGUGGUUCGAGUCUCCGCUAAGUGGGGUUUGAACUGUUUGAAGUAUAACUAUAUAACCUGCAAAGAGAAGUGUCCAGCCGCUCGAGGCUCGACUGGACUGCAAAUAGGGUGAAAUAGGGCUCUCGUCAGCUCUCUUGAAUUACAGUUGAGACUCGAGUACCGACAGGCGACAGCCGACGGUCAAUUUCCUCCUUCCUCCAGUCGAUCAGCUGAUUGCUCAAAGAUGACGUUUGCGUUUCUCUGUGUGACGUGUCGUUUCAUAGAAAAUCUUCAUAAUAAAUUAACCUAAUGUUUACCAAAUUUUUAUAAUACGUAGAAAGUUUAUAAUCGUCAUACAAGGAGAUUAUUUUUUAUAAAACAUAGAUCGAUAUAAAAGUCUGCUAUUCUUUGUGCAGAUAAUUAGGUUAGGAAAGGUUAUGAAAGGAGCCAUUAAAUUAUACAUGGUGUAUCGAAGAAAAGUACAUUCCUGGUAUCUGCCACUUGUCCUCAAUAAUCCGCGGAAUAAUAUUUUUUUCUAUUGAACACAAAUGCAUUAACAGCCGAUGUUAUACAAUUUGUUUGUAAAAAAAUCAUGGAUAUCGAGACGGAAAACGUGAUAAAUCUAAUAUUUCCAGAAGGUAUCCCAGAAUCCUGGAAAGAAAAUCCCAAUUUUUAUCAGUAUCUCUCAAAACUUGGAGGCUUCGAUGUAGAUCAGCUAAGUAAGGAACCUGAUCAUUUAUCUGACGAGAAAAACGCCGUGCUUCAGACUACACAAAAAUUGGUCUUUGCAAACUAUAAAACCUUUAUUCAAACAGCAGAAAGCUCACGAGAAAUACUUAAUCAUUUCAAUGAGACCGAAAGCCGUCUUGAUAAACUCGUACAAAAGAUCCCAGAAUUUGUAGGGAAAUGUCAAUCCUUUUGCGAUACUUCAAAGGAUAUUAAUGCGCAUCGAAGAUUAAAUAGUUUAACGCUAACGCGAAAUGCAGAGCUACUCGAAAUUCUCGAGAUGCCCCAAUUAAUGGAAUCAUGUUUGAGAAGCAAUCAAUAUAACGAAGCAUUGGAAUUGUCUCAAUACGCUCGUCAAUUGGGAAUGAAGCAUGGGGAUAUUCCUAUAAUUUUGUCCAUAGUAGCAGAGAUCGAAAGCAGUUGGUCGGGUAUGGUAGGACAAGUAGUUGGCUCUCUUAGAGGGGAUCUACCGCUUCCAAGAUGUCUUCAGCUUGUAGGUUUGUUACGGUCCAUGGAUGCAUUUACUGAAUCAGAACUUCGUAUAAAAUUCCUUCAAGCGAGAGACAGCUGGCUUCAAGGCUUGCUGAAUGCAAUACCGAAGGACGAUCCUAAUCUUCACAUGACCAAAACGAUAGAAUUAUCCAGGAUACACUUGUUCAAUAUAAUAACUCAGUACAAAGCUAUGUUUAACGACGAUGAAUUAGUCAUUCCCGGUCGCGACUUGACGCUAAAUGAAUCCGCGAUAUUUUAUCAUUGGCUGGAGGAGAAGAUAUCGCAAUUUCUUGCUACGCUAGAGCAGGACUUGCCAAGUGUAACGUCUAUAGAUACAAUUUUGGGUCAGUGUACAUACUUUGGAUUAUCAUUCAGUCGAGUAGGUGUCGACUUUACUGGCCGAAUGUCGGAUAUAUUUGUACGAGUUAUCGGUGAAAGAUUUGAGCAGAGCGUUCGUAGAACAACUCGAAAGUUUGAGAAAGAUAUGGAAACAUUUACGUUGAUUAACAAAACGCAACGACUUGAUGUAAAAACAGAGACUUGUUUUAAUUCUGAAAAUCCGCCUGAACAACUGGUAGAAUUUUAUCCUCUGGCCGAGUACUGCAACGGGAUAAUAGCAGCGUUCAAUGAAUUGAGACUCUGUGCACCAGUGGCACUUUCUGCUUUAUGCACGAAAUUAUUGCAAGAGUCGUUGCAUAAUGUGGCGAGAGCCAUGUUGGUAUUUUACAAGCAAGAGCAGCAAGCAUUUGCUGUCGCGGAACGAGAAAACAUGAUUAAGUUCACAGAAUGUUUGAGCGAACAAUUAAUACCUUAUAUACAGUAUUGUAUACACGCGAUUUUUCCACCUGUCCAAAUUGCAAAACAUUUAGGAAUAUCAGUCAGUGUACUUCAGAAAGAGGUAUGAACGAAACAUAAAACUGGCACAAAAGAAUGGAUAUAUGUAAUGACGUGUAAAAUAAUUUACAGGAGAUGACAUAUUUAAAUAAGCGGAGUAUAGUAGAACCUGUGGCUGUACUAUUGCCUAUUAGAAAAGAUUCUUUGGCUUCCAAGUUAUG